AUGGACUCUGGCAGUCCCCCACGAAUCCCCUCGCCCACGCAAGACAAUCGCCCGCCAGGGGGAACUCGUCGAUCCGGAGGCACAAAGACACCACGCAAGGUGCAGUGGCACGACGAGCGAGAUGCAUCGACGGAGUCGACGGAGUCACCGAGGGCGUUGGACGAGCACGGGCUUGAUCCUUCCGCGUUCGAGACCUUGACCGAUGCACUAGAGCGGCACCAGUCCUCAUCACCCGCGAGCCUUCCGCGGCUGGAGACGGUCCUGACGCGCGAGUCGACCUCGACCUCAUCCGAGUCCGCGCCUCAGUCCGAGUAUCCAUCACCGUCGCACGACGUCCCCGGGGAGGCAUUCAUCGACCCGAGCGAGACGGCGGGGCUGCCGGGUGCAGGGACGGAAAGGCACUCGCAGCGGCGCAAGGCGAAGUGGCGGCUGCCGGGCUCUGCGACUACUGACACAGAGUCGGAUGUGGAGAAGAGCGCGGAUAGCCCGCAAACGCCGCUCGGUCCCCCGAGGCAUACUGGCGUGCUCUCGGCUUUGCUGUCGCUGUACGAUGCGAACGACGCGGCCUCGGCGACAGUGGGCACACCCUCGAUUCGGUCGUCAUUUGACGAGUCACGGCCAUCGUCCGGGUUUUUCCCGCCCUCACGUACCAUUACUCAAGACAGCAUGCGCUCAGAGCCCGGUCGGCGCUCGCAAUCGCCAUCGCGUGAGCGGACACCUCGCUGGGCAGGUUCAGCGAAUGCCUCAGUGGCGUCCCUCACAAACCUGCGGCUGCCGAAGCCAUGGGGUGAAUCGAGACCUCCGCACACCCGGAACGGUGCGGGCGUGUUUGGCCCGCUCAUCGCAAGCACCGGAAACAUCGCUGGGGCCGCUGCGCCGAACAACGCAGCCCUCGCGCCUAGCAUUAAGCGGCCGGGGUACCAUCUUUCACGGUACUCCUUGGAGAGCAAGAUGCCGAAGGUCGAGAAGUCUUCGCCCACGCUCAGCCGGCCACGGAGCAUGCAUUUUGAGAUUGACCCGAAAAGCGCACCGGAGCACCCGUCGCACCUCAGGACGGCGUCGAUGCCAUUCAACAUCGAGGGCGAGUCGCCGUCGUCGAUGAGGAGCCGCACGAAGUGGACGGGCGUCCUGCAAAACCUGCCGAAGCGUGGCUGGAGCCGCGCAGGCACGCCGAGCACGCCAGGGACUCCAGCGACGAGCGACGAGGAGGCCAAGGACAAAGAGGACAAGGCGAGGCGCGAGAAACGACGGCGCAAAAAGGCCGAGGUUUAUAUCACCCGUCAUGUUGCGGAGAUCGUGCAGCGGCAAGAGUUCAUCCUGAAGCUUGCACGCGCGAUGAUGAUGUUCGGAGGCCCGACGCACCGGCUACAGGCACAGAUCCAGAGCACGGCCAAGGUGCUCGAUAUCUCGCUCAGCUGCAUGUACCUGCCGGAUGUGAUGCUCAUUUCGUUCGAUGACACGGCCACGAGCACGAGCAACAUCAAGUUCAUUCGGCAAGGGAGCGCCCUCGAUAUCGGCAAGCUGCAAGAUGCGUAUGCGCUGUACUGGAAGGUUAUUCACGAUGACAUAUCCGUCAAGGAUGCGUCUAUAGACCUCGAUGAUCUCAUGCGCAAGCCGCAGCUGUACAAGUUCUGGCAGCUCAUCUUGAUUGGUGGAUUCUGUUCGGCCUCCAUUUGCAGUGUCUCAUUCAAUGGCUCCUUCAUCGACUCCCUCAUCUCCUUCCCCCUCGGUUGCCUUCUCAUCGUCAUCCAGGUCUUUGCGGCUCGUAACGAACUCUACUCUAACGUCUUCGAGAUCACUGUUACAUUGCUUUUCAGUUUCAUCGCCGCUGCGCUCGCUGAUUCUGGCAUCUUCUGUUACACGGCGAUCGGUGCUGCGUCCAUCGUGCUCAUCCUACCCGGUUUCAUCAUCCUCUGUGGUAGCUUGGAGCUGGCAUCUCGCAACAUUGUCUCAGGAGCCGUUCGCGUCUGCUUCUCGAUCAUUUAUUCCUUGUUCCUCGGGUUUGGUCUGUCGAUUGGUGCUACAGCCUAUUCGAAAAUCACGCAUCACCCGUUGGCCGGGGCAAAUGACUUGACGUGUAACAACAGUCAUGAUCCCAACGGUCCUUGGUACCAGCAGACGCCGUCGUUGUGGUGGGCUUUCUUAACAGUACCGUUGUACUCGUUGUCCCUGAGUCUCCGGAACCAAGCUCCAACCAAUCGCUACGAGACGCUCUUACUCGUUAUUAUCUCCUGCGUUGGCUGGGUCUGCAACCACUUCACGGGCACCAAGUUCCCCAAUCAAAGCGACAUUUCCGCAGCUGUAGGCGGUUUGGCUGUUGGGUUUAUUUCCAACCUGUACGGCCGAUUCUUCCGCAAUGGAAACGCAUUUGCCGUCAUGAUCACUGGUAUUCUCUUCCAACUGCCAUCAGGUCUCGCGAACGGUGGCCUCUUCUCGUUCGUGUCGGAUGAAACAGCCGGCUCGUCGUCCACGGAAUCCUACCUCUCCGGGUUUGAUACUGCCCUGCAGCUCGUGUCAGUCUCGAUCGGGUUGACUGUGGGCCUUGGUAUCUCGCUCGUGAUGGUACACCCAGUCCAGUCACGUCGGAGGGCUGGAGGGGUCUUCAGUCUCUAGCCACAUCUCUGUCUCCGCUACGCCUUCUCUCUUCGGACGACUGCUUACCAGCCCCUACGUUCUCAUGUCUCGUACCCCCGUUAUCUCGCAUCGGUCUGGACUGCAAUCGGUCCGGUUCACGCUCAUCCCUCACCAUCCACCGGCCUACACCGCAUACCAACCUAGUAUACCGUCCCCUCCUUAUUUGCAACAUAACACAUACUUAGAACACUCCGCUUCAUCGUCGAUAGAUUUAGAGGCUCCUGCGUCAUAGUGGACUUGGACAUCUUUACAUGCCUUUAGAAUAGCGCACUCGUUCGCGUAUCGUGCGAUAUGCCUCCCCGGUCUCCUGCAUUUGUGUACCAAAAGUGAUGCUGCUACGAUGGCGGGAGCAUGUCCCGACUUGUUGGUGUACUACUGUUGUAUGAAUCCAUGCUUAUUUUAGACUA